CUUCAAGGGAGUAGUGAGAGACGAACAAUUUCACAUUUGUCUCUCUGUUGGCCGAAAAAAAGUAAAUAAAAAUUUACAAGAUUUACUACGUGUCGUUCAUCCAUGAAUAAAACAUAUUUGUUGGUAAAUUGAUUGGCGUCUGAUCAUCUCGCUCAUCUGUUUUUUAAAUUGUACUCCGUCGUAUAUCUCGACGCUUCGGCGAAAAUCAACUGACAUUUAAGUAAUUGUCGGCGCAAACGUCAGUGAGGAAGUUGGCAGUAUUUGUCGAGCGUGUAUGGCACGAAAAUUCCACACGAUCGCUGUAACUUAGAUUAUUGAUUAUUUCUAAGUAUGCGAUAGUGUUUUUAGAAAAGUAGCGUUCGAAAUGUGAGCUGCUUGCAAACGAGAGAUAUCCUGAUGCAAUUCCAACUUGGAAAAAUUGUUCAUAUUUCGUAAAUACAAAUGUUUUCAAUUUAACAAUGUAUAUAGAAAUGGCUGAUACCGAUCCACAGUUGAAGCGACUUUUACUCCCAGCAGAAGAGACUUUGUUCGAACAGUUAUUAAGGUUUGGGCUAUACAUUGGUGCGGUGUUUCAAGUUGUAUGUUUACUAGCAAUAGUGAUUUAUCAGGCGGGUCCCUCUGAUGGCAUAGCUGCUUUAAAAGACGACCCAAGUGAUGUAGAAUGUUCUGAGAACAGCCCUCAAGUAACGCCAAGGAGACCGCACAGGCCGCGAAAACAAGAAAAAAAGAAAAGACGCUGAAAAGAUGCUUCUUCGUCUGCGCACAAUUUUUAAUAUCUCUUGAGAAGACUGCUUCUAUACGUUGUUAUUCGCAUAACUUACUUUUGAUAAAAUGUUGUUGAGUGUUUAAUGGACAUUUAAAAACGUCGAAAUUAUUGCUUUCAAGAAAAGCGACGAUCGUUUUAACAAACGAUCAUUAAGUCAUUUAUUUUGCAUUUGUACAAUUGCAUACACUUUUUAUAGUUUUAAGAAUAUUUAUUUACGAUCAGUCAUAUGUUUUUUUUAAAAAUACAUUCGUUUAUUUUUUUUACUGAAGAACAAUUUUCGAAGAAACGCGCGAAUGUAAUCUUACAGUUCAAAUACACGAAAGAAAGUUCAUAAAAUAAUUUUCAUUAAUAACGAAUAAAUUUAUAUUUUAUAAUUAAUUUAUAUUUCCAAAUUGGCCUUUUUUCAUAUUAAUAUACGUGCUGUAUAAUACGACUAUAACUAACACAUAAUGUUUUUAACAUUUUA